AUGAUGAAAUUCUCGCUUUCGAAACUGAUACCCAGAAUUUAUAUAUACGUUCAACAAAACCCCAAUAUUUUACCCAACUUGGAGCACACGAACUAUACCUGUGCAUCCAGAAAGACCUGUUUGGAUGAACCAGCUCUUAAAUGCGUUCCUCCAUACCCCUUAAUGUAUAUAGUGACAGUCAAUACAAAUAUUUAUAGACUGAUCAGCUCCUUGACGACUCUACUUCGCAUCCGGAUAAUGGUCGUACUUCCAGACGUGGUACAGCCUGCUGGUCGCAUUGAUAGACAAGAGGAAAGGCAGGCUAGGAUACCUAACGCCCGUGUUAUAUCCUCGUCGUCCCUUUUCUUUUCUCCCGGCGAGGCAGCCAGCCCCAGGGAGAGAGUUAGCCAGUUCGGGAUCAAUGUCCGUUCGCAGUCCCCCAUCGUCUCUCUGCCGCUGAUCUUGUGUCUCCCCGUUUGCUCAUCCACUCUCCGUAUUCAGAUGCAGGGGACUCGAGCUCUCUUCCUAACCGGGUCUAAUUUCAGCACUCUUCAAGAAAUGAUACCCUCCCAGUACUCCGUCGCUAGUAGUGAAGAGAAGAUAGCCCCAUCUGGAUCUUCCUCCCCUUUCUUUUUCCUUCGUUUUUUGUUUUCGGCAUGUUGUCUGGGUGUGGUUAUGUAUCUACUUCUCCAUCUCGGGGCGCUGCUUCCAACCCCCUUUUGGCAAAACGAGGAUUUCAUCUUCAAGGCGAUGCGAGAUGUGCAGAGAAUAAUCCUCCUCCUUCUCCUCCACCCACCCCCAUACUGCAUCUAG